CAUAAUUCCAUUCUACCCUCCUUUUUUUUUUUUCACACGCUACCGCCACCGUAAACCACACGCUUCCCCUCGAACCACCGUAACCGGUGGCAGAAAAAACAAUCACCACCAUGGCUAUGGCUUUCAAGAUGGCAACUACGGGGAUGUGGGUGGCGGAUGAGUGUAAGAACUCGUUCAUGGAGAUGAAAUGGAAGAAGGUUCAUAGGUAUAUAGUGUUUAAAAUCGACGAGAAAUCGAAGCUGGUGACCGUCGACAAAGUUGGUGGCGCCGGAGAAGGAUAUUCCGAUCUGACUGCCUCUCUGCCGGACGACGACUGCCGUUAUGCGGUGUUUGAUUUCGAUUUCGUCACCGUCGACAAUUGCCGGAAAAGCAAGAUUUUCUUUAUUGCAUGGGCUCCAAGUGCGUCAAAAAUAAGGGCAAAAAUGUUGUAUGCAACAUCUAAGGAUGGAUUGAGAAGAGUAUUAGAUGGGAUUCACUAUGAAGUCCAAGCAACUGAUCCAAGUGAGAUGGGGUUUGAUAUCAUUCAAGAUAGAGCCAAAUAGUUUCAAACAAACAAGCAUCAUAUCUCACACCCCACCCCACCCCACCUACCCAACAUUAUAUAUAGACUAAUAAUCACCCGUACUCAUAUCAUCAUGUUUUUAGCAUCUUUCAAAUGGGUAGAAGUCCCUUUUUGGUAUCGAGAUGAUUAAAGGCAAAACAAUGAGGUUAUAAUGACUUUUAUUUCAUACGGUAAAAGAUAUAGGUUUCAUUGAAUCGUGAUGAUGCAACCUAUGUAAUUGACUAUCUAAUGUUUG